AUGUGGAAGCUCGCCAAUGUGAACCCUUUACCCGAAGAAUCUCCUUUAACAGAGUGUAAUCAGUUGAGGCCUAUAUCGCUCACAAACAUCAUUACGAGAUUAUUUGAAAGGGUAGUUUAUAAACAGGAGAUUGCGUCUGCAUUCAAAUCCGUGAUCGCACGAGAUCAAUUUGCUUAUAAAGAGGGAACAAAUACUACCGAUGCUCUGAUUAUGUGUUUGCAUCAUUGGCUCAAGUGGCUGGAUGAAGGUGCAGACUCUGUUAGGGUAAUAUCAUUUGACUAUAAGAAAGCGUUGGACUCGAUAUCUCAUAACAUUAUUUGUGAAAUAUUGAAAACACUCGAAAUAAUUAACCCGUAUACUAUAAACUGGAUUAUUAGUUUUCUGGCCAACAGAAAACAAAGAGUUGUUGUUAAUGGCACAGAAACUGUUUAUGUUAAUAUUAACAAAGGCGUACCCGCAGGGUACGGUUUGGGGCCCUUUCUAUUUUCGUUGAUGGUUAAUGAUAUAAAACCCAUGGAUGCGCAAAACAACCUAUUGGUUAAAUUUGCUGAUGAUAUGACGACAAGUGCUCCAGUAAAAUCAGGAUCGGAUUCUGCUGAGGCUGAGGUGGAAAGCAUUCAAAAUUGGUCGGAAAGCAAAUCAAGUGACAUUAAAUCUUUCUAA